AUGCCGGUCACCAGCUUUAGUACAAAGGAGAAAUACCGAUACCAGAAUGGCUUUGAUAGCCACUUAGAGUCCGAGGCCGUCGAGGGUUCAUUACCCAUCGGCAUGAACUCACCUCAAAAGCCACCGUACGGUCUGUACGCCGAGAAGCUGUCAGGGACUGCCUUCACGGCGCCAAGGCAUGAGAACAAACAGACAUGGCUGUACAGAAUUCUGCCUUCUUGCGCCCACCCUCCGUACGGCCCGGCGACCACCGGAGUCAACCCGGACGGCGUAAACCAGUGGGGCAAGGAUGAGAAGCUACACUAUAUCCCCAAUCAGCUGCGUUGGGACCCCUUUGACCACGAUAGCUCCAAGCAUCUCGACUUUGUCACGGGGCUUAGACUAGUGGCUGGCGCCGGCGACCCGGUGUUGAAGCAGGGAAUCGGCAUGUUUGUGUUUGCCGCUGGGAAAAGCAUGGAAAAGACGUCUUCCUUUUACUCGGCCGACGGCGACCUGCUGAUCGUUGCACAAGAGGGUGACCUCGACAUCCGAACAGAGUUUGGCUGGAUCCUGGUCCGACCGAUGGAGAUUUGUGUUAUCCCCAGAGGUGUCAAAUACCAGGUCUUCCUCCCGUCGGGUCCUGCCAGAGGCUACGCACUUGAGCUGUACCAGGGACACUUCGUCUUACCGGAACUCGGACCAAUUGGAUCCAACGGGCUGGCGAAUGCCCGCGACUUCCAAUCCCCAGUGGCUUGCUUCGACGAGGACUGCGGCUCACUGGCCUCGGAGGGCAGCGUCCAGCACACCGUGACGGUCAAGUUCAACAACGCCCUCUUCGACACAAAGCAAGCCCACACGCCCUUCGACGUCGUGGCGUGGCACGGCAACUACUACCCCUACAAGUACGACCUGGGCCGCUUCAACACGAUAGGCACCAUCUCCUACGACCACCCGGACCCGUCCAUCUUCACCGUGCUGUCCGCCCCCUCCCCCGUGGCGGGCACGGCCGUCGCCGACUUCGUCAUCUUCCCACCGCGCUGGCUCGUCGCCGAGGACACCUUCCGCCCGCCCUAUUACCACCGCAACACCAUGAGCGAGUUCAUGGGCCUGAUACAGGGCGGCUACGACGCCAAGCGCGGCGGCUCGGGC